AUGGCUGGAGGCGGAGGGGCUGUGGAGGCCCCCAUGGGGGACCCCCAAGGGUGCCCUUUAGGGCCCCCCAAGGCCCUUAGGGGCCUCCGGGGGGCCCCCCUUGAGGGCCCCGGGGGGCCCCUAAAGAGCCCUGUACCCAUUAGCGAGUUUGGAGUGGGCCAAAUAAUUAGCAUGCAGCUGAAAGGGUUUAUGGCUUUUAAGUCGCCUGUGCAGAUCUUCUUCUCCCCGUACACCAACCUCAUUGCGUCAUGUAACGGCGUCGGGAAAAGCACCAUUGUAUCGGCCAUGCACUUUGCGCUGGGCAUCCGCAGCACCCGCAGCAGCAGCAGCAGCAGCAGCGCGGCAGCAGCAACGGCGAGGGCGGCGAGCCAGCCACAGCAGCAGCAGCAGCAGCAGCAGCAGCAGCAGCUGCUGCGCUUCUUAACUUAUGGGGGCCAGCGGGCCUUCGUUUGCCUUUGGCUGAAGGGAAAAGGCAAAAAUGAAAUUGUUUCAAUUCAAAGAGAUUUGGAGAAAGUAAAAAUAUUCAAAAAAUAA